UUUGUAUAGAUCCAAAAUCAUCAUCAGAAAGAGUCAAAAAAAAUGGCAGAUUCAGAGCAAUACGACCGAAUGAAACUGCUGAGAGAUUUCGAGGAAACAAAAGCCGGUGUGAAAGGGCUCAACGAUGCAGGUCUCUUCAAACUCCCACAAAUCUUCGUGAGGCCACCGGAGGAGCUGGCUCAGGAGCUGAAACACGACAAGGCUGAUCAAGUUGAAGUUGAAGUUCCGGUGGUCGAUCUGAGCGGCGGGCGAAGGGAGAUUGUUGAACAAGUGAGAAGCGCUGCUGAAACAUGGGGGUUUUUCCAAGUGGUGAGCCACGGGAUUCCUCAAUCUGUCUGCGAUGGAAUGAUCGAUGGCGUGCGGCGUUUCCACGAGAUGGAUGUGGAUGAGAAGAAGAAGUAUUAUAGCCGGGAUGCGAGGGAGAGUGUGAGAUAUAGCAGCAAUUUCGAUCUGUUCAACUCCAAAACUGCUGGUUGGAGGGAUACGUUAAGCAUUUCGGCUAAUUCAGGGUCUCAUCUCCUUCAUCCUCACCAGUUACCCGCCGUUUGCAGAGAUUCAACAGUUGAGUACUCAAAACAUGUGGAAAAAUUGGGAAAUAUUCUACUAGAACUAUUAUCUGAGGGCCUGGGGCUCAAACCUGAGAUGUUAAGAGAGAUGGAAUGUUCAAAGGGGCAUCGUCUCCACUGCCACUACUAUCCAGCAUGCCCCGAGCCUCAUCUUGCAAUCGGAACGGCAAAACAUUCGGAUCCUGGAUUCCUCACAAUUCUUCUACAAAACCAACUUGUUAGCGCCUUGCAGGUUUUCUACAAAGAUAGUUGGAUUGAUAUUCAACCUGUUCAAGGGGCUUUAGUCAUAAACAUCGGCGAUCUUCUUCAGUUGGUGUCGAAUGGGAAAUACAGAAGCAAUGAGCAUAGGGUAAUAGCAAAUGGCAUCGGACCAAGAAUUUCAGUGGCAUGUUUUCUAUCCGGGCCUUUCGGAAACACUGGCAAGAUUUAUGGACCUAUCCAAGAACUGAUUACACAAGAAAAUCCUGCGAUAUACAAGGAGAUUGUGGUUAAGGAUUAUCUAAUGAAGUUCCUAAACUCUGGACUCGACAGUUAUCGUGCUCUUGAUUAUUACAAGGCGUGAAGAUGGUAAUUGAAAUGGAUAAAGAAUCAGAGCUUAUGCUGAAUUAUAUAUGGAGUGUAUUAUCUUUUACUUCUAAGUUUAUGUAUGAAAUAAUUAAGACAUUGUGUGUUAAUUCACUCACAUGACAACUGAAUUAUUAAUAUGAAAAGUGAGAAGAUGUCUUUUCCAAAA